AUGUAUCUCCGAUCAACCAAUUCCGAACUUGCCAACGCAAUUCAUUCUAAUCACAUCCGUCAAAUCUUCCAUUCCCUGAUAGACUUAUGGCAAGAUCGUCUGACGCUUCCCUCGCUGAUUAACGAGUUUUCGAUGAAAGUUAUUGUAAAUCAAGUCUAUGCAAAGGUGAAGCAUGAAUUCACGGGCACUCACCGCUUUUUCCUCCCAGGCAGUCAGGUCUAUGAUGAACGGACCACCACCCUCUCGAAUAACCCGGGGUUCGUAAAAUGGAAGCAGGACAUGCGUGCUCGACAUCGCGUAACAACCCCUAGACGUUCCAUCCAUCGACCGCAUCUUUUGAAAGUGGUCUACGGCGUCCGCGCUACGCACUCAGAUGGCUUCAAAACGAAGGUUCAUGCCUUGUUUUACUGA